ACAAACCUCUACAGCAGCAAGGAGCACACACACUGUUUCAGUCAGUUUGGAUGAGAGAGAAAGAGAAAGAGAAAGAGAAAGAGAAAAACACAAGGUUUUGUUUUGUUACCGUCAGCAGAAUCAAAGUAUCUCUUCAGUUCAAGGAGAAGCCACAAAUUCAAUUAUCACCUUCUCAUUUCACAAUAGUCGCACCAUUAUUGCAUUUUUAUUAAGUUUCAGAAUACUAUGCUACUUGGAGCCGUGUGGAGAGUAAUAACACAUAUGCGACUAGGAGCUGUCUGGGGAGUGUGAAGACAUACGUGACUAGGAGCUGUCUGGUGAGCAAGAACGUACAUCGUGCUGCUAUUCUGGUGUUUGUUUAUUGUUCAUACUUUUUGAGGCUGACUGUAGAAAAGCGAUUUGGGGGCAGCUUUACUCUUAGCAUACUAAGAGAAUAUUAACUAAUGGUUUUAUAUCUUAGUCCUUUUGGGCGAAGGACGAUUUGUUGGACUUGCAAAGCUCAAAGAGAGCAGCUUUCGUAAAGCAGUUGAAUAUAUAAUUGGACAUGAGUAUGCUGAAGAGGACAUGCUUCAGCCAAGGCAAGCUGAUAUACCUGCCCUGUUCCUGGUCCUGGUUGUGCUACCGGUGGUUUUGUACAUCUUACUUGGAAAAUGGAGUGAGGCUUCAAAUAAAAAGGAGAGGAUAAAUUUGCUCGUUGAAGAGGCAUUCGUAGAGUCCUUUAGACCAGAGGCUAUGGCAACAACCACUGUUAUUCCUCCUCCAACUACUGCUUUUUGGGAGUGUGCCAGAUGCCACGGCGCAGCUACAACACGCUGCUCCAAAUGCAAGUCUGUUAGAUACUGUUCUGGAAGGUGUCAGAUAAUUCAUUGGAGGCAAGGUCACAAAGAACAAUGCCAGCCUCCCGAUGAUAUUUAUUCGUCUUUUGAGUCUGCUUCAAUAGAAGAAACUGAUAUUGGGAGGGAUUUUAGUCACAAAGGUGCAUCUCAUCAGUUCAAUGGCUGUUCAUCACAGCUCCUUGGUGCCAAUUCUUCUGGUGCUUCCGCUGCUGAUACUUCAGCUUCUGUAGAAGCUUGUCAGAUGUCAAAACAAGAGAUGGCAACCUUAGAAAAGCGAGUUUCACGCAAAUCCUCUAAGAAAAUGCCAGAUAGCAAAGUUAGAGUAGCACCUAUCUCAAGUGACGCAUACUUGAGGAGUAUUCGAGAUCCUUCAAAAGAGGCUUCGACUAGGCCGCAUAAGUUAAGAGGUAGGGACUCCACAAACUUGGAGGAUGGAGUCAAAAGCCAGACAAUGGACGUAUUAUCUUCAGGUGAAAGAAGCAUGAAUGCAAAGGAAGUAGCUUCAGGGUACAGUACGCCAAUCAGAGAAGCAACUAAUUGUAGUGAAGAAGUUUUGAGGAGGAACACUUUCUCACAGACAGUCUCAAGCUGCAAGAGUGUCGAAUCUGGAAAGUCAAUGCCUAAAGUAGCAAGAGAACAAGCACAGUUGGAAAAAGUGAGGAAGGGACAUGGAUCUAGUGAACCAGUUGCUGGAAUGGGAAAUUCCACCUCCACACAUGAAACCAAUGGUAUAACAAGCAUCGGGUCAAUGAAAUCCAUUGGCCUCAAAAAGUUAUCAAAGAUGUCCGGAAAGGCUACCUCUGAAAUGGAUUUUGGUAGUCAUAAGAAAGUGAAGGUGCUAUUUCCUUUCGAAAAAUUUGCGAAGUUCUUUGAAGUUGAGGUGUUUGACUUGGGGCCUAGAGGUCUUCUGAAUUGCGGAAACAGUUGCUAUGCAAAUGCCGUGCUGCAGUGUUUAACCUGCACAAAACCUCUUGUUGCCUACCUGCUGAGCCGAGCACAUUCAAGAACCUGCUCCCUCGAGAAGUGGUGCUUAAUGUGUGAACUUGAGCAACACGUGUUUCUGUUAAGAGACGCCGCAGGGCCUUUGUCUCCAAGCAGAAUUUUGUCGCACAUAAGGAGUAUAAAUUGCCAGAUAGGUGAUGGAAGUCAGGAAGAUGCACAUGAAUUUUUAAGGCUUCUAGUUGCAUCAAUGCAAUCAAUAUGUCUAGAGGAAGCAGGUGGCGAGAACGAGGUUCACCCCAUUUUGCAGGAAACAACACUUGUGCAGCAGACAUUUGGUGGGCGCCUUAGAUCAAUGGUUGCAUGUUUGAGAUGUCACCAAGAAUCAGAACGAUACGAGAACAUUAUGGAUCUGACACUGGAGAUCUUUGGAUGGGUUGAAUCACUGGAAGAUGCACUCACUCAGUUCACCACUCCUGAAGAUUUGGAUGGGGAGAACAUGUACAGAUGUGGAAGGUGCGCUUCUUAUGUGCGGGCCAGAAAGCAGUUGAGCAUUGAUGAGGCCCCCAACAUUCUUACAAUUGUCCUGAAGAGAUUUCAGGAAGGCAAUUAUGGCAAGAUUAACAAAUGUAUAACAUUUCCAGAGAUGCUGGACAUGGUCCCAUAUAUGACCGGCACAAACGACUGCCCUCCGCUUUACAUGCUUUAUGGUGUAGUUGUGCAUGUGGAUACAUUAAAUGCAUCUUUUUCAGGGCACUAUGUAUCUUACGUGAAGGAUCUUCAGGGGAAUUGGUUCAGGAUAGAUGACACAGUGGUAAAUCCAGUGCCUAUGAGCCAGGUGAUGUCAGAAGGAGCAUAUAUCUUGUUCUACAUGAGGUCUUUUCCUCGACCACCAAGGGCCUAUAUAAAGAGCGGUAGAAAGCAACAAGCUGCCAAGUCUUCAAGGCCCUCUGUGUCUAAAACUCAUAAUUCUUCAAAAGUUGGAAAAGAUGUUCACCAAUCCAACAAUAGAAGAUUUAAUCAAGCUGCGGAAACUCAUGCAGAUUUCAUGGAGUUUUCUGAUGCCACAACCAGUGAUUGGUCUCUUUUCACUAGUUCAGAUGAAGCAUCUUUCACCAGUGAAAGUACACGAGAUUCAUUCAGUACCGUUGAUUAUUCUGAUAAUGGCAAUGUUGAUCCAUUUUCUUCAAUGUUUGGUAUUCAUUCUAGUUGUGUCCGUCCCACUCAAAGAAUGGUUUCAUGUAGCAUGUUUUCAGGCAGCAAGCCUGUGACAAGAUAUGUUUCCGAGCAGACAGGGUAUGUUUUAGAUUCAGACCAUGCGGUUGACAAUAUGCAAGUAGGAGGAAAUAUGAGACAGGUUAGUGUUCCUUUUAAUGAAGCUUUCCUGUCUGACAGUGAGUACCAAAAUUUUGUAAAUUAUGAGAGUACGGCCAGUGAUAGUUUUAUUCAGACUUUUACGAAUGUUCAGCUCUGAUAAUGUGAUUUUUAAUGUAGCAGACUAGCACUAGUUAGAUUUUAGCCUGGUAGGAACGGUACUCCGUUUUUGUCCUAUUUCAAUUUACUUGUUGAAUAGGGGCAACUGUUAAUAUUGUACUCCAGUUUCAAAAAUACUUGGGCUCAUUAUCUCAAUUACUGACAAAGAAAUGUCAGAUUUUUUAAUGUUAA